AUGAACGACAUUCAAAUAACGUCUUCAUCGGUUGAGCGGUGUUUGAAUUAACAAAUAAAGUAUUGUUUCACGAACAAAAUGCCUUUUUGACAGAUUUCAAUCCAUCAAAAUCUCUUAUAUGUGGAACUAAAAGUAGCCUGUCACUUGGAAGAAAAAACGAAAUGAACCCUAUGUAUUAUGAUCCGUAUGUAAGGAUGUCUCAAAGACGACAUUGGCUACCAGAGAUAGGUUCCAGCGACAAAAAAAAAUCCUCUUUACAUCCUCGUCGACAUCACCGUUCAACUCAUCGUCAUCCAGUUGGAACGGCUUCAUCGCAAAAACAACCACAUCAGGCUAAGGCCGUUCCAAAAAAGCUCAACAAGGAAGUGCUGGAUACAUUUCUUUUUCGCUGGUCAGGUAUGCACACUUAUGUUCUCGUCAGAGUACUUGACACAACCAUAGCCAUUUUACCUGUACGAUCUCGGCUUGCAUUUCUGUACUUUCAUCAUGCGCCCUUUCCACGACAACCUUCGGCUUUGCUACUUCAAGAACAGCAGCAUCAGCAGCGUCAGCAGCAUCAGCAACAACAGAAGCAGAAUAGGACAGUCAAAAAGGCUAACGUUGAUGAAAAUGAAAAGAACGGUCGUAAAAAACAACAGCAGCCUAAUAUUGUCAUAUCACCUACAUCACCUCCAUCUCAAUCGUCUACUUCCACGCCUUUAAUACUCACUAGAACGUCAACGCAGACAAGUCUCCUUACAUCACAACACUAUCCGGGUAGAAAAAUUCAGAAAAUGAUAAAGAAAUGGAGACAUAGUUUAAUUGAAGACGAUGAUAACGAAGAAGAGCGCUUGGGAAAUGAAACUUAUUUAAAUUCUUCAAAAGAAGAGAUAAAUGAAGCAGUGCCAAUGGAUAAAGAGCGAAAAAGUGAAGAUAGUCCAGCAAAGCAUAGUGAUCAUAGCAAGGGCAAUAGAAAGAAAAUGACGAAAAAGAAGCUUAAUAUCAAUGAUGAUAGUGGCAUUCAAACAGAUGAUUUAAGCGAUGCUGCUUGCACCAGUGAUAAUGACAACACUUUAGCUACAUCUACAUCUACCACUGGAAGUGACCAAGAAGAAUCCCAUCCUCUUUGCGACCCUUCAGCGCCUUUUACUAUAGCAAUGGAGGAAGAUAUAGCUAUCUCACCAUCUAGUUCCUCCUAUCCGUCCCCCUCACUGUCCCGUUCUUCAUCCAUCACAUUAGCACUGCAUUCAAAAAGCAGUGCAGGGAAUGAUCAGCAUGAAUUGUCUCAUCAUCAUUCUCAGCAUCAUCACCACCAUAAACAGAAACAACAACGAAAAAUAGACCUCUCUGAUGUAUUAGCGCACGAGCGAAAAAAUACUCUAGAGAAAGGAUGGAUUCACGCUCCUUGUACAGUCUACAGUAAAAGCGAUAGCGUUGAUGAUAGUUCCGACAUCUUAGUUAUCCUCAAAACCAAGCAUAAAACGUUGAUUUUGAAAGCUAGAUCUACGAAAGAAAAGCGGAUGUUUAUAAACUUGGUGAAGCUAAAACAGCAAAAGAUUCUGUCUGAUAGGCAACAAUUGCAAGAGAACGAAAAGAAUAGUAAAAACUACGUUGACUCAUUAGAUGAUUCUGACAGCAUAAGUACAGAAUCAAGCAUUCUAUCUCCUAUAGCAACCAUCACUUUGGACAGUUUAUCAAACCAUGCCGAUAUACCUGUUACAGAUCUUAUCAAUCAUUUUCAUACCUAUACCCAAACAACUUUAGCUUCAAUCGAUACCUAUUUGAAUCAGAUUAACACCUCCAAACAACAAGUGGAGCAAUAUUCUCGACAACUAUUGGAACUUGAUGUCUCUCUCGACACUGUCAUGGAUUCUACUUUCAACGUUCAUUUCAGCCCAUCAAAGCGUAUGUUGGACUAUGUGAACCAUCAACUCGCUGACUCAAUCACGCAAUAUCAUCAUAUUCAGCAACGAAUGAUGGAGCUACAAGAGCGCGUUUCCGUUCACGACCGGUUUUUGUCAGGGGCACGACAACGUUAUGAACAGAUUGUCCGCAAAAUGCUGAGAAGAAAAUCAUCGACGAAUAUCGCUUUUUGGUUGCUAGUAGCAGCCGCUCUUAUAGCCUUUUUGGCUCUUAUUUUUGCACGUAUGCAUUGAAUCGUCGCUUCAUAUCUUUAUGACAAUUGAUACCCUUAUCCACUGCAAUUACCUAAUUCCGAUCAUAAAGAGAGCGCAUUUUCGCAGAUUCCCUUCCCUCUAAUAAAUUUGUAAAAUAAAAAGCUUUUUGCUCAAGCUUUCUGGUGUGUAGAAGGGUUGCUUACUUUGACAAG